AUGACACCCCUCUCCGGCAAAUCUCUUGAUCUGUUCAAUGAAGAGUUUGAACAAGAUUCGCAGUACGAAUCUGUAUUUGAGAAUAUUGGACUAUCAUCGCUGAGUGGAGCGUAUAGAGACAGAGAGGUCACCUUGCAAAGAGGCAGUGGGGACGAACGCUUUGGCGCGACCUUUGUGGCCUACAAAGAAAAGUUAUAUGUGGUCCACGUAAUACCACAGUCCCCGGCUGAUUUUGCAGGUCUGCAUUUCGGUCAGCAGGUGGUGAGUAUCAAUGGCAGUCCCGCCAAAGGUUUUGAUGCACAGACAGCCGGCGUUGCCAUGACUACGGCUGUGGAGCUAGCGAGCUCUGAUGAAGACUUAGUAGAUCCACCGCUAGACAUGGAGAGCAUAGGUCCACAGAUGCCCAAGCUCAGUGACAGUGACAGUGCAUCCCCUGUGUCCAUUACAUCUUCACUGAAAGACAUCGAUCUACACAGCGAAGAAGAAGAGCCAUGUCGGGCGCACGACCGAUCCCCACUUCACAGCGGAGAGAGGGUACACACCGGGUGCUGCAUGGGCGGGAAAGCUUGUGACAUGCGAAGUAACAAACGACGGUGUCCGUUGCUAACAACUCGCCUGGUUAUUCGCCAGGCAGACUUCCUGCGGAAGCACUUGAUUCUGGGCACGGC